AUGCCCCGCAAGAAGCCCGCGCCUGCCGCAGCCGACCUCGCUGCUGAAGAAGACGGCGGCAUCGAGGCGUUUGAGCUGCAGAAGAGCGUCGUCGCGCGCCUCGUCAAGAGCUCGCUCCCUCCCGAUGUCAAGCUCCAGAAGGAGGUGCCGCUCGCCAUGGUCAAGGGCUCGACCGUCUUCAUCGCGUACCUCGCCGCGCUAGCGCACGACACGGCGACCGAGAAGAACCACAAGACGAUCGCGGCGUCGCACGUGCUCGAGGCGAGCAAGCAGCUCGCGUGGGACGACGGCGGCGCGCUGCAGAAGAUGCUCAAGAAGGAGCUCGCCGCUUUCCGCGCCAACAACGAGGCCAAGAAGCAGGGUCGGGCGGUGCCCAAGGGCAAGAAGGCGGCCGCCGAGGGCAGCGACGCCGAGAACGACGACGACGGUGACGCCGUGCUCGCCGCUGCGGCAGGUGUCGGAGCUGUGCCCGAGGGGGACGAUGGCGAGGGAGCGGCGGCCGGAGCGGACGACGGCGCAGACGAGGCCGAGGGCAUCGAGCUGUACGUCGAGGAGGACGAGGGGGCGGUCGACGAGGAGAUGGACGAUGCGGGCUCGGAGGGCAUCGACGAGCCGGAACCGGGCGCAGGCGAGCGCGCGGCCGACGCCGACGAGGCCGAGUACAAGGAGUGA